AUGGCAUUCCUCAAUGAUAGAAACAUCACUGAUGCAGCCUUGAUUGCUAAUGAAUGUUUGGAUUCAAGGCUGAAGUCGGGAAAGCCGGGAAUCAUUUGUAAGCUGGACGUUGAGAAAGCGUUUGAUCAUGUAAACUGGGAGUUUCUCUUGAACAUACUGGGACAGCUCGGCUUCAGCAUCAAAUGGAUUAAUUGGAUGAGAUUUUGCUUAUCAACAGUAAAAUUCUCUGUUCUCAUUAACGGCACCCCCCAAGGCUUCUUUUCUUCACAUAGAGGUCUCAGACAAGGAGAUCCUCUAUCACCUUUUCUUUUCAUUCUUGUCAUGGAGGGGCUUAGCAAAAUGAUAGACAGUGCUGCUCAGUUCAACAUUGGUUCACUUCCUACUAAGGACCUUGGUUUAUCACUGGGGGAUAAAUUCAAAUCACUAUCAAUCUGGAAUGAGGUUCUUGAAAAGAUGGAGAAAAAGUUGACAAAUUGGAAACGACAAUACCUCUCUCUCGGGGGUAGAAUCACUAUGGUCAACAGCGUCAUUAGUGCAUUGCCUACCUACACUAUGUCUCCUUUCCCGGCGCCGUCCUCUGUCUUGAAGCGUAUGGACAAGUUAAGGAAAGACUUCCUCUGGAAGGGUAACAAACAAGGUCACUCCUUCGAACUUGUAAAUUGGAAGACAGUUAUUAAAGAUAAAAGAUUAGGGGGUCCGGGAAUCAAGAACUUGAGGUGUCACAAUGAAAGUUUAUUAUUGAAAUGGCACUGGAGAUUCAAUAAGGAGGAUAAAGCACUUUGGAGGAUAAUUAGGGCAUUAAAUAUGUAG